AUGUCUGCAAGCGAAGUGCAAGGCAAUAACAACAAUCAGUUCGAUAAACCAGAUAGUCAAGCGGGAUCUGAUGAUAAAAAACAAAUAAAUGGUAAAGAUGUCGUUGUUCAAAAGGUGACAGGAAGUGUCAAAUGGUUUAAUGUUAAGAGUGGUUAUGGCUUCAUUCAUCGAGAUGAUGUCGACGAAGAUAUAUUCGUUCAUCAAACGGCAAUAAUAAAAAAUAAUCCAAGAAAAUAUUUACGAAGUGUCGAUGAUGGUGAAAAAGUCGAAUUUGAUAUAGUUCAGGGUGAAAAAGGUUAUGAAGCAACGAAUGUGACAGGUCCAAAUGGCACUAGUGUAAAAGGUUCAAAAUAUGCCGCAGACAGACGACAAUAUAGUACACGUGGUGGCUAUCGACGUCCAUUUCGAAGUCGUCCAUUUCGUGGUGGUCCAUUUCGCGGAGGCUUUUUUGGCGGCGGUGGUGGUAUGCGUGGUGAUGGAUUUGAUGGUGGUUAUAAUGACGAUUUUCAGGGUGGUAUGGAUGCAAAUUACGGUCCCCCUCCAAAUCGGGGCGGUUCAUUCGGUCGACCUCCAAGAGGAUUCGGUAGAGGAAGAGGAUUUGGUGGUAGACCACCAAUGCAAUUUCGACGAGGUGGAUACGAUGGAGGUUUCAAUGAUGGAUUUGAACAACCAAUGCCACCAUUUGAUGACAAUUUAUCAGGUCCACCAAUGAUGCGAGGAGGUCGCGGUCCAAGAAUUUUCAGAGGACGUGGUGGCUUUGGUCGUGGUGGUCCAAUGGGAAUGAGAGGUAAUUUUGGUCCACGAGGAUUUGGUCGCGGGCGUGGACGUGGUCGUGGUCGUUUUCUUCGUGGAGCACGACGAGGAAAUGGACGUGGCGGACAAAAUGGCGACAAUGGCAAUGAUAACUCGGCCACUGAUCCGACUAAUAAUCAAACUAGUGUUUGA